UUAAAAAAAAAACAUGGAAAGGAAUGAACCGGGACCAGAGCCCGAAAGACUGGGGUUUGUGUCGGGUUUGGAGACUGUGGCUCAGCUGAAGCUUUCCACUGCGACUGACAUGACCCGAGAUGCGACCAGGAGCAAAGCCACUGAGACCCCCUGCAGAUGGUUGGGGUACCCUGACCCUGGCACUGGCACUGGCACUGCCAGAGACAGCAGCAGGUGUUGCACACAGACCAAGGUGUCUGUGAUAAAUAUUAAUAAGAUCCCAGAUUCAAGGACAGGUUUUAUUAGCAGAGCAACCAAUCGCUCUAUGGGCCAACCUACUUAUACCUGCAGCAAUCUUGGUCAGAGGGGAAGACUUCCACCAUCUGAAAGACAAAGGUUGCGGGCUAACUUGACCACAGCCACCUCUCUCGUAGUUGAGGCUAUGAAAACCAAAAUAAACCAUUUAGUGGCUUCUCCCUUCAAGCAGAGCACUGCAUCUCGGCUGCAUCAUCGGUGCUUUUCCCCAGGAGAUGAAUUAAAGCUUGAAAUCUUAAGUGAAACUGAGCGGAUGAGAAAGCUAAUGAGGGAUGAGAAACCUCCUCACUGCCACCCCUUAGUCAAGGGUCGGCUACUCAAAGCCAGAUUGAAGCCCCUCUACCCUGUGGUUGAUGAAAGACCAAGUAUUGCUCAGUGCAGAGGCAUUUUACCAGAAAUCUCAAACUGCAAACCCAAUCCAAGAAUCUAUAUAAAUACACCUUACAUAGAUUCUGCGAAAGAGCUGCUGAUGAGCCUUUACCAAAUGACCAACCUCUCUCUACCGGAUAAGAAAUCCCAAACUACAGAUCCAACCCAAGUCAGCUGAAGAGGUUCCAUGAGCAGUUUGUCAGAAAUACACCUUAUACAGAUUCUGCGAGAGAGAUGCUGAUCAGCCUUUACCUGCUCUCUACAGGAUAUGGUGGUGCUGAAUGAUUUCCUAAAUAACAUUGCCGAACAAGACCUGCUGGAAAAUUUAUAUGACAAAGGUAUCUGUGCUAUGUCUUGUCCCCAACCAUUUAAUCAACACUGCUGUUUGAAGCCUCGUGAGCCAAUUGUGAAACAUCUGACUUUAGUAUUGUGAUACUACCUAAUAUAGGAAAUGAAAGAAUAGCAAAGGAACUGAGAAAAACAAAUUAUAAUUUAUUGUGAUUGUGGGAAUACUAUGAAGUGAUUCACGUAUCAGCUUGUGCACUGAUAGAUCAAAAUAUUUACUAAAUAACAAACCAAACCGAUGUACCUAACCUCCAACAACCAUCACUGAUGAGGGUAUUUUUUUGUAAUAAAAUAGCAAAUAUAAAAUAAUAAAUAAAUGAAGUGUUUGUGUUAAGAUGACUCAAGGAAAAUUGGAAUCCUUAAACCAUUGUCACAACAAACAGAAGUAGUUGCAAAAGCAAAUAAAAUAUUGGAGAAAACAAAUUAAUCGGUAGAACACAAGCCUAGACAAGGGACCUAGGCACCCUUAUAAAUCAUAACUGAGACCAUCAUUUAAAAAAUUGUGUCCAGUUUGGUCAACAUACACUUCAAAGUCAAGUAACAAUGAUGAGACUAGAUAUUAGAUUAAGAUUUCCUCCUAAAAGGAAUCUGCUUUGAACCUUUAAUCUAUUGAAUUUAAAUUUAGCUAAAUAUCUUAAAUGUUAAGUGUAAAUCUAUGAAAUCCUACACCAUUCCCUACCCUGGGUAGAACAGAUCAACAAAAUCAGCAGCAUAACUUUGGAGAGUUGGAAAAAAAAUUAACUAGACGUAGAAAUUUGUAUACGCAAAGUCGAGAUCGAGCACAAUUUCAAACUUUAAAAAAUAGUAAUCUGUGUGAAUACUUCCACGGUUGUUAUAUAACACUGCCACCUAGUGCCACUAAGACUAAACUGAAACGUUCAAAUGGGGUGAGAAAGGAUCACAUUUCAGUCUCGAGUAAAGGUGAGCAUUUUGGUAGGAACGUGAUUUACUUGGAUGAUGAGAUAGACUAUAUGGUCUUUUCCUUUGAAGAUAAACUCAUCUAUUUUUUUUAAAAAAAAGAUACAUUUCACCCGAGAAGUGAAACUGGAAAUGAUUAAAUUAGUAAUUUCCUCUGGGUGCUCUUUGGCAAUGCUGCAUUAUCACUGGGAAAACGUGAAAAGGGAAAUAUACGAUUUUAAGAGACGGCAUAACACAGCAUUUUAUACAUUUGAGGUGUUAGAGUAGUACUCUAGGAUGCUACCCUGCAUGAGGGGCACUCUAUAAAUGCGAGCUAUUGUUGUAGUGACAAUUGGAGGAUUUUAAAAUCAAAGAACUUUCCAAAUUUAAGUGAAACGUUUCAGUAAGAAUACAAAGCAAAAUGUACAAAAUAUGGCUGGUAGUGUUUUAAUAAUUUGAUUUUACAACAAAAUUAAUGGAUGUUUGCAACAACCAGGUGUUUUUAAAAACAUUCGAAAAAUGUGAAUUGGGAUUUGCAAAAUUUAUUACUGUGCGCAAUUGGCUGCUGCGUUUCGCCCACAAAAUAUACA